UUUUAGAGAUUGAUUCUUGAGCAUAUGCCCACGCCAUUGGUGGGAAUUGCUGAGACUUGGCAGAAGCUUCACCUCUCGUAGGUUUUCCUUUCCUGGCACUUUCUCUCCUCCCAAACGAACGACUUUCCGGUAAGCGGUAUUUGAAACUGCGUUUUGACUUUUGAAUAGCCUUCACGUCACCACCUUCUCUCACCUCCAGAAUCCAAAUUGGAGUCUCUUUCAAAAUCUGGUACUUUUUUUUGGUUGGAAUUGUAGAUUCUGAUUAUUGUUGAAUUGGGAUUUGUGUAUGAGAGGAAUUUUUAUUUGAAAGAUUGGUUUUUGGGUCAAAUUGAAUCUGGGGUUAGUCAAGUUGUAGACAUCACGGCUUUUUUCAGAGCAUCAUCUUCGUCCCGACCUCUUGUUCAUGGCCAAUCUGUGCGACGUAAAGGUUGUGUGAUUGAGAGCAACCCUUCGCGGCACGGUGGGCGUGGCGCUUUGCCGUCCGAAGGCGGGUGCCCUUCCGAUCUCCUCUUUCUCGCCGGCGGUGGUUCCUCCCUCUUUUUCGCUGUGUAUUAGGCUUGUAGAAUAGUACCAUAAAAUAUAAGAGUUUGAAUAUUGAUUGAAGAGAGAGUUUAGCUUUUGAAGAUUUCCCAAGCAAGCGAGAAGGCUAAGAGGUUAAAAAUGUUGAGCAUCAAGAGGGUUCCCACCGUCGUGUCAAAUUAUCAAGGGGACUUGGAGGAGUCGGACGAGACUACUCGCCGUAGAAGGGGCUGCGGCCGCAACUGCUUCAACAAGUGUUGCAUUCAAGGGGCAAAGCUCCCUUUAUAUGCCUACAAAAAGCGGAAUGAGAGAGCAAGGGAGAAGGUUGUGCUUGGGAAUAAGAACAGAGAGACUUCCAUUGCAUUUCUCGACUUGCUUCUUGGGAAGUGGGAGGAUCGCAUGCAAAGAGGGCUCUUCCGCUAUGAUGUCACUGCCUGUGAAACAAAGGUGAUACCGGGCAAGUAUGGCUUCAUUGCCCAGCUGAAUGAAGGCCGCCACCUUAAGAAGAGGCUGACUGAGUUUCUUAUUGAUAAGGUUCUCCAGCCCUUUGAUGGGAACAAAUUUAAUUUCACAAAAGUUGGUCAAGAGGAGGUUCUCUUUCAGUUUGAAGCGAGUGAAGAUGGGGAACAAUACUGCUCUCUGAGUGCUCCCGUUGACAUCAAGAAUUCACCUAGUGUUGUUGCCAUCAAUGUCAGUCCCAUUGAAUAUGGGCAUGUUCUGUUGAUUCCAUGCAUCCUUGAGUGUUUGCCACAGAGGAUUGACCACAAAAGCUUCUUGAUUGCACUUCACAUGGCUGCUGAAGCUGGAAAUCCUUACUUUCGUGUGGGUUACAACAGUUUGGGUGCAUUUGCUACCAUUAAUCACCUUCAUUUCCAGGCUUACUAUUUGGCCUUGCCCUUCCCCAUUGAGAAGGCCCCUACCAGGAAGAUGGAGAGUUUAGGAAGUGGGGUGAAUGUUUCUCAGCUUUUGGAUUAUCCAGUAAGAGGACUCGUCUUUGAGGGUGGAAAUUCGCUUGAAUGUUUAUCUAACACGGUCUCGAAUGCCUGCAUUUGUCUUCAAGAUAAUAACAUUCCUUACAAUGUACUCAUUGCCGAUUGUGGAAAGCGGGUGUUCGUGUUUGCCCAGUGUUAUGCGGAGAAACAAGCUCUUGGGAAAGUGAGCCCAGAGCUUCUCGAAACCCAGGUGAACCCUGCUGUGUGGGAAAUUAGUGGCCAUAUGGUGUUGAAGAGGAAAAAGGACUAUGAAGAGGCAUCAGAGAAGAAUGCUUGGAGACUCCUAGCAGAGGUUUCUCUCUCAGAAGAAAGAUACCAAGAAGUGAAUGCUCUUAUAUUUGAAGCCAUUUCCUGUUGCAACAAUGUCAAUGGGGUUCUUUCUCAGAACUUGCUUAACAAGUCAGGUAUCAAACACUCUCUUGAAGAGGUGGAUGCCAUUAACCAGAGCUCCCACCCUGCUAUGGUGACCGGCAUGUCUGAAUGCCUUGUUCUUCAGUAAGAUUUGGGUGUUGAAGGCAAGACAUAUAUACCAUAUAUGAGUCAAAGAGGGGCAUUUUGUGUUUAUUGAGAUUGUACUUGUGUUUAUGUGAAUUUUGGCAGUCGCAUGAAUAAGGUGUUUUAGUUUUCGCUUGUGGGACUGUAUUUAUGUUUUGAGCUUAUUUUUUAAUUUGAGAUUGUCGUGUAAACUCUUAUGGUGUGCUCUUGUAAAAUGUUCUGUUGGUUAAUGUCCUCUGAGAAUCCAUAUAUCUUUGCUUCUAGCUAA